GUCUAGACCGAGUCCUACAGCAGUUCUAGUCCCGGGUUAGACCUGGUUUAGCCCCACAUUAGCCUUAUCUUAGUACUGAUUUAGUGCUGGGUCCUGGUUCAGUUCUGUUUUAGACCAGGUCCAGUUUCAGUCCCGUUUCAGUCCUGGCUCAGUCCCGGCUCUGGUCUGCCAUGGGGCCUCCUGUGCUUCUCCUGUGUGCAUUGCUGUGCUGCUAUAGCGCCCCCUACAGCAGUGCGUUGGUGAUGCUGGGGGGCCCUCGGCUCCGGGACGGUUCUGUUUGCUCCGGGCUCCUGGACCAGAACCUCCAGAAACAACUGAGAAAACACAAAGAAGAAGGAGUCAGCCAUUUUAGAGUCGACCUGCCCCGAGAGCUGCUGUCCAGAGACGACAGGGAGGCGCUGUCCUGCGUCCAGACCCUGCUGGAGCGGGUCACUCGGGCAGAUCUUCGGGCCGUGAUGAUGGUGGACUUGACGGGGUCCGGGUCAGAUCUGUGGAGCGGGGACAGGGAGCAGAGCGUGAGGCUGAGGCUGGACGUCCUGUUUGCACAGCUGGGUGGACUGGCUCACACCUGGGUCCUGCUCCUCCACAGCAGCUCUGGAAAGGAGCUGGAGCUGUACAAGGAGGCGCACAGCAUGUUCACACGACACUAUCCAGGAGCAGAACACGUCGUGUCUUUGGGUCUGAAAUCGUGGGACCUCUCGGGCGUCCCUGAGCUGCGGUCGGACGUGCCCAUGGAUUUCUUGUCUGUGAAGCUGCAGCACGACUGUGAUGUGGAGUCUGCGUUUGGAGCGGCGCUCUCCGACAUAAAGAGAGUGUCUGGACAUCGGCCUGUUCUCAUCUACUCCAUAGAACUGAAAAACUGCAAAGACGACCAGAACGUCCUGGAGAACCUGCUCAGAGUCCAGGUUCAGUCUGAGUUGGACUUGGUCGGGUUUGAGGUGUCCUCCAUGUUGGACGUGUCUCUGGAGGAUCUGAGCGUCUCACACAGAUACUCACAGAUCAUCCAACAAAAGAGAACAAGUGGCCUCCAGGGGGCGCUCUCUUCUCCGCCCGUAUCCUUCACGCCCGGACUGAGGAACCUACCUGCCUCACAGGUUCCCUCCACGGCUAAAGUUGUGUGGGAGAAGUUCUCACACUGGUCAGAGUUCCAGAACAGAAUGUAUUAUUACGGAACAUUUCCCACAGACUUCCUGUGGGGAGUCACGUCCUCAGCCUAUCAGAUCGAAGGAGGCUGGAACGCUGGCGGGAAAGGCCCCAGUAUUUGGGACACUUUUACUCACACGCCCGGCAACGGUAUCCCAGAGAACGGUAAUGGAGAUGUGGCGUGCGACAGCUAUAACAAAGUGGACGUAGACUUAGGCCUGAUUAAAACCUUAGGGGUCAAGUCCUAUCGCUUUUCCCUCUCCUGGUCCAGGAUCUUUCCCAAUGGGAUGGCUGCAUCGCCCAACACUAAUGGCGUGACCUAUUAUAACAAUCUGAUCGACGGUCUGUUGGGUCUGGGCGUGACUCCGGUGGUCACUCUGUACCACUGGGACCUGCCCCAGGCGCUGCAGGACAUUGGCGGCUGGGAGAACGCCGCCAUCAUCGACCAUUUCAACAGUUACGCUGAAUUCUGCUUCAAGACAUUUGGAGACAGAGUGAAGUUUUGGAUCACGUUUAACGACCCGUUCACAAUCGCGUGGAAAGGCUACGGCAGCGGAGAAAUGCCCCCAAAUCUAAAAGCCAAUCCUGGAGUGACCCCGUAUAAAGUGGGACACAAUCUGAUCAAAGCUCACGCCAAAGCUUACCACACGUACAACACAUAUCGCCCAGCGCAGAAGGGACUGGUCAGUAUCGCUCUGAACGCAGACUGGUAUGAGCCCCUGGACGUGAACACGCCCAGAGAGCUGGAGGCUGCAGACCGAGCCAUGCAGUUCAGGCUCGGAUGGUUCGCGCACCCCAUUUUUAAGAACGGCGAUUAUCCUGAAGCUAUGAAGUUUCACGUAGGAAACAAAAGCGACCUCCAACGUCUCAAAGAAUCUCGACUGCCCACGUUCACUGAGGAGGAGAAGAACUUUAUCAGAGGAACCGCAGAUGUCUUCUGUGCCAAUCACCACACCACCAGAAUCGCUAAAUACUCCACACAGCGCUUGAAUCCACCAUCCUUCAAGUACGACUGGGACAUGUUGGAGCAGGAGCUGACCGACUAUCCGCAGACGGACGUGGCGGGCCAGAGGGCUGUGGCUUGGGGCCUGAGGCGGGUGCUGAACUGGAUAAAGGAGGAGUACGGAAACCCAGAGGUGUACGUGACCGACAACGGGGUGGGCACAGAGAGGGCGACGAGCAUCGACGACUCCGCCCGAGUGUUCUUCCUCAAGACCUACAUCGAUGAGGCGCUCAAAGCUCAGAGCGUGGACGGCGUGCGGCUCCGGGGGUACCUGGGGGCCCCUCUCAUGGACUCCUUUGAGUGGCUGAAGGGGUACAUUAUGGGCAGCGGUCUGUACCAGGUGGACUUCACUAAAGCCGAUCGUCCCCGGACAUGGAAGUACUCAGCACGGUACUACAUCGACAUCGUGAAACAGAAUGGGUUCCCUGCAGGUGAGGACGAGCUCCCCCUGUACGGACACUUCAGAGACGACAUGAUGUGGAGCACCGCCACCGCGUCCUAUCAGAUUGAAGGAGCAUGGCGUGCCGACGGUAAAGGCCUCAGUAUUUGGGAUACUUUUGCACAUACUCCGCUCCGCGUUUCCAACGACGACACGGGCGACGUGGCGUGCGACAGUUACCAUAAGCCUGAUGAAGACGUGCGCAUGCUGCAGAAUCUGGGGGUGGGGUUCUACCGCUUCUCCAUCUCCUGGUCCAGAGUCCUGCCCGACGGCACAACGGCACACGUCAAUGAGCCGGGCCUCAAGUACUACGAGUACCUGGUGGAUGCACUACUGCAGGCCGGGAUUAAGCCACUGAUCACGCUGUUCCACUGGGACCUGCCCCAGGCGCUCCAGGACGUGGGUGGGUGGGAGAAUGACACGAUAGUGGAGCGUUUCACGCAGUACGCAGACCUGAUGUUCUCCCGCCUCGGGCACAAAGUCAAACACUGGAUCACCAUCAACGAGCCGUACAUCUUUACCAACAUAGGCCACGGGUACGGAGCCGCUGCGCCCGGGAUCUCGUUCCGCCCGGGGACCCUUCCGUACAUCGUGGGUCAUAACCUGCUCAAGGCCCACGCCGAGGCCUGGCACCUGUACAACUCCACCUACAGGCCGUCUCAGAAAGGGAUCAUCUCCAUCACGCUCAACUCGGACUGGGCUGAACCGCGCAACCCUCACAAGCAAGAGGACUACGACGCCGCCAACAGAUACGUAGAGUUCCAGUUGGGCUGGUUCGCUCACCCCAUUUUUGUUGGAGACUACAGCGAGCUCAUGAAGACCACCAUCAGGAACCGGAGCCUGGCAGGAGGACUCCCCAAGUCCAGGUUGCCAGAGUUCACUCCGGAGCAGAUCCAGAGGAUUAAUGGCACUCAUGAUUUCUUUGGCUUUAAUCACUACACCACCAAACUGGCCUUUCCCCUGAGCUACGGCAACUUACAGCACUACGACGCCGACCGAGGUACGGGGACGGUGGUGGACCGGGCCUGGCUGGACUCCGGGUCCGGUUGGCUCAAAGUGACUCCGUUUGGAUUCAGGAGGAUUUUAAAAUUUAUAAAAGAAAACUACGGGAAUCCUCCGAUCAUCGUGACGGAGAACGGAGUGAGCCAGAGACAAAUGGACCUGAACGACACGCUACGGCAGCACUACUACACAGAGUACAUCAACCAGGCUCUCAAAGCGUACCUGCUGGAUGGCGUGGACAUUCGGGGCUACACGGCCUGGUCGCUCAUGGAUAACCUGGAGUGGGCCACUGGUUUCGCGGAGCAGUUCGGUUUGUACUUCGUGAAUCGGUCUGACCCCAAACUGACCCGGACCCCCAAAGUCUCAGUCCAGACCUUCUCCACCAUCAUCAGGUGCAACGGCUUCCCUGACCCCAAGUCUGGACACGAGUGUCUGAAGCCACAGCCCGAAGCGACCACGGCGACCACAGCGACCACAGCGACCACAGCGACCCAGACGGGGACCACGAUCACCGCGGCGCCUCAUGCGGUCCUGAAUUUUCUGGGUUUGGACCUGACUGCAGAGGACGCCAAAGUCGGGCUCAACACGACCUUUGCCCUACUGGUGGUGAUGUGCGCCGCCGCCCUGGGGGCCGGGAUCGGCGUCUUCGUGGCCAGAAGACGAUAGACGAGCGAACAGUCGCCAUGAUUUAUUCAUGAAACUCAUUUUACUGCAGCAAAAUCAGGAGCAGAAAUCUACAAACUGUUCUGUGCCAAAGUCAAGAUUCUGGGUUUGAGUUGUAUGAUUUUUUAUUAUGAACAAAAAAUAAAUUGAAGUAUUUUUCUUGUUGUAGGAGUUCACUCUGC